AUGUGCUGGACGAGCCGGCAAUCAAAAUUGUUAGUGUCAACAAAUAGAAACGCUUUUCUCCCCACUCAACCCUUUUCUUCAGCUCUUCCUUUUGAGGUUGACCUGAACUUCAACGAAGCUAUCACCAGCUCCCCAAGUUCACCUUUCAAUACCGCCACCAUUUCGUCCCAAGACUCCCCAGUCUUCACCACGGAUUCACAUCAGUCAUCAUGGCUUCCCCCCAGUUCCCAAAGCCAGCUGGCACAACCCGAGCAAUCAUUCCUUGCGCCACCGGAGGAGGAUUUCGUCUUGUUCGAACCCAAGCCGCAGGAACAGAACGCUAAUCGUGCUACACCGUCGCCUGCAUUGCACGCAGCAUUUGGAUCUCUCAACACCAACGCUAGCCAAUCGCCUCAAUUGUUCAACGGUUCUUCAUUGCAGGGUCAGCAACGAAACCAAUCGCUAUCGCUAGCUCAGGUUAUCCAGGCAACCGGACAUCAGACUUCUUCUCAGGUUUUCACCAAUCCAUACACCGCUCAGCCGCACCUUUUCGCCGCCGCAGCAUUGUCUCCUUCGACAUCUUCGAACUCCCAGAAUCGUCUUGUUCGUCCCCCCGUACCUCUUUUCCCACAGAACACGGGCACUCGACAAGCAUCGUCCAACAUGGACUUACAAGACGCAAUGCGUUUCGAGGACUUGACGGGUGGCGGCACCACGGCAUACUCUUCUCCGGGUAUGCCUGGCUACGACGUCAGCAUGGGCUCUACCCCGGGCUCAAUGGGCAAUAUGGCCACCGUGUCGCCCAGUGACCUACACUACGAUGCUUUCUCGUCUGCCCCGAACUCGGCCGCGAUCACGAACUUGACCUCGCCGUCCCUGUCGAACGAGUCUCCGGAUUACUUGGAGAGCUACGAAGCCUCCCCGCUUGUGGGUGGCAACGACCUUGAUGGUAACUUUUUCCCGGAGUUAUCCAUGUACGGUGCUAUUCCCGGCGGCUUUCCCACUGGCAAUGGUAAUCUCGACUCAGAAGUCUCGCCGGUCGAUCAGCCCGAGGGCGUCGAGAUGACCAAGACCGUUUCCAGAUCUCGUAUCGAGUCGAGUGGGUCGCCUCUGGCCAGAACUCAUGUGAAGCGCGUAUCCGAGGGUGGCAUUACCAAGCCUAAGAAGCCGCUUCCCGCCAUCACCGUUGAGGACCAACACGACACAGUUGCCAUGAAACGAGCGCGCAACACCUUGGCGGCACGCAAGUCCCGUGCUCGUAAGGCCGAGCGAUUCGAGCAGCUAGAGAAGCAAAUCGCGGAUCUCAAGGAACGGCUUGCUUAUUACGAGAAUCUUUGCAAGGCCCACGGCUUGUGCGUCGAUAUUGAAGAAUGA